AUGGAUGACGUGUUCAAUAUUUUUACAAAAAAACAUAAAACAAAGAAAAGGGCAUCUACUGGAACAAGGAAGGAAGAAAAUAAAAAUGAAAAAACAAAGAAUCUUUUCAUUUAUAACAGAAAAAAUCCAAGAAGAGCACAUAACGAAGAUGAUACGUACAAUAACUAUAAGGGAAAUGCAAAUCCAGAAGAUAAGGGAAAAUGCAAUUAUAAUAAGAAUAUAGAAAAUGUUAUUGUUGUUGAUUUUCCUCCAUUGCCUUUAAAAAAUGUAGAAGUAUGUGUUUCGUUUUAUUACAUUCAAUACUUAAGAAAUCAAUUAAUAUAUGGAAAUAAAAAUAUAAAAAUUGACGAAAAUACAAAAAUGAUUGGAGAGUCAUUACUUGAUAAAAUAGAAAAUUUUAUUUAUGAAUAUGAAAAUAAUAAAAGUAGUGAAGAUAAUUAUAAAAAUGAAAUUAAAAUUAUUACAUUUAAAUCUAUUUAUGAUAGGUAUUAUAAAAUUUUAACAACUUUAAUUUCAUAUUCAGAAGCUAUCCCACUCCCUAAUAACUUAUACGAAUAUGUGUUGAACAAUGGGGUAUAUGUAAGAUCCAAAAAAAAUAAUGAUUUUAAUGCUAGAGAAAAUAUACAUAAUGUAUACUCCUACUUGGAUAAUGUAGAAGUAGGAGAUAACGAUUUAUCUUUUAACAAUGAAAAAAUAUAUAUUGAUAAUAUUGACAUAAGUAGACCUACAAUAAUCAACAAAACAUUAAUAAACCUAGACAUUGAUAUUGAGUACUUACCACUCAAACUCAAUUCUGCAUAUUAUUACAAUAAUAUACAAUAUGCAAAGUUGUUCUUAAAUGACGCUAUUAAUAUGUCUAUCUAUGAUAAAGCCUUGGGUGAGUUGGUAGUUGUCAAGGCUCUCGUGGACAUACCUCCCCUUCCCAUUGAAUUUGUGGAGGGUUUCGACAUAAAAGAAAUGAAAGCAGGAGAGAGACAAUGGAUGCCAAUUUAUCUUGCCAUCACUCUUUCAUCCUUCACAUAUGUUGAUGUCGAGUUCCCUUUUUGGUUUUACAUAAAGAAUUUUAUGAAUAUAAAAGAGGAGGAAUACAAAAACCAAGGUGAUUUAUUUGAACUCCCUUCGCCAUACUUCUUUGAAAUUUGCUUUAUGUUUAUAGAUCAAAAAUUAUUUUCAAAAGUCACUCCGAUUGAGACCGUUGGGCAAAAGAGCUAUUUCAAGUAUAUGUCCAAGGUGGCAGGGUAUGUUGAAGACAUUAAACACUGUAGAACGGAAAAAAUCAUAAAACACCUAGAGGGUCAAAAUGUACAUUCGUCCCAUAUUUAUAUUCAAAAUUUGCAACACUCUGAAACGCAUUUAAUUAACUUGACUUUAUACAGUUUUUGGAAAUAUGACAAAAAUUUAAAUGAAAAUUCGAAUUCCAUUGAUUUUACCUCAUAUCUCCUUGAGCCUUUUAUAAGAGAUGAAGAAGAUGAGAAUAAUGUAAAUGUUCUACAAGAUUUAUAA